AUGGUCUCAGCCAAGCUACAAAAAUUACAAAAUCGCGCUGCAAGAGUAAUUAUCAAAUCUAGGUAUGAUGCAAGUGCGGGUCCUCUUUUGGACAUGCUUGGGUGGGAUAGGGUUUCGAUUAGCCGAACAAAACAAAAGGCAGUUGUCAUGUUCAAAACACUGAACAAUCAAAUGCCCCCCUACAUGCAAGAUAUGUUCUCUGAUCGUGACUUUUAUUACAAUAUCCGGCGCUCUGAGAACAUCUUGCAUGUACCCAAACUAAGGACUGACUCUCUAAAGCGAAGUCUUGGGUAUUCGGGAGCUGUCCUUUGGAAUUGA